AAAUUAAAGUUUUUACCCCCAAAAGAAUCAAACAGAAUCAAAGAGGGCACAAGUCAAAAACUACUGAUCACUCAAAAAACGCUUAACAAUGGCUGCUCCGUUAAUCCUCAGAGGUCUACCUCUUCUCCGGCUCCGCUUCUGCUAUCAGCGGCUCCAGUAUCAUAGCUCUGUUCUACUUUCUCCGAAGCUGUUUUCAGCUGCUUCCGAGUCGGCUCAGCCCUUCGACGCUGCCGAGUCCGAUGGGGACCAGACCACCGCUGUGCUAAGCGCCAAAGAUCCGCCCAAGUACCCGAUAUGGCCUGACCCGGACUACCGAAAAUGGAAAGACCAGGAAACGCAGAUACUCAAAGAUAUCGAACCCGUUAUUUUCCUGGCCAAGGAAAUUAUCCACUCCCAUAGGUAUAUGGAUGGAGAACGUCUGACAGCAGAAGAUGAGAAAAUAGUGGUAGACAAGCUUCUUGCUUAUCAUCCCCAUUCUGAAGAUAAAAUUGGAUGUGGCCUCGAUUCAAUUAUGGUUGAUCGGCAUCCCCAGUUCAGACGAUCCAGGUGUCUCUUUGUCGUAAGAGUGGACGGUGGAUGGAUAGACUUUUCCUAUCAGAAGUGUCUUAGACAGUACAUUCGAGAUAAGUACCCUUCUUAUGCCGAAAAAUUCAUAAAAGAACACUUCAAACGUGGUAGUUGAGUUUUGUUUCAAACAACCUCUCCUCACAUAAAUACUAAAGUUGGAAGCUGUUGGCCUGUAGAGUCCCCAUGGUGGGUCUUUCUCAAUGAAGGAACAAGAAAAUGACAGGAUCUUGUGAAUGCUUGGUGUGCUGCUAAAGGUUGUUUAUUGAUUCAAUGACCAACAAGUGACUUUCUGAUACCUUUAGUCAAUGUGGUAGAUAUUAGUUGACCAGCAUUUCAAGUUUUAUUUUGUGGAAGAAUAAAGUUAAUGGAAUUAAAAAAAAAUGUACACUUCCAUAGUAAUUAGCUGGCUUUGCUUGUAAUGUUGACUCUCACUCUUUUUUGGUGAAUCACUGUCUCUAUCUUUUUU